UGCACAUGGGGAGGAGUUGUGAAGUUUGAGCUUUAGGUUUAAAGGUUGUCAGAAAAACAUCAUGGCUGCUGCGGUCCGGGGGCUUCGAGCACGCAGAGGUUUUAUUUCAUCGACACGGAGCUGCAGCCACAGCGUUACCAUCAAACCUCAAUAUGACGCGAUUAUUAUCGGUGGAGGUCACAAUGGCCUUAUUGCUUCAGCAUAUUUGCAGAAGGGGGGGUUGAAAACUGCUGUACUGGAACGCAGACAUGUGCUUGGAGGAGCAGCUGUAUCUGAAGAAAUCAUUCCAGGGUUUCAUUUCUCCAGGGCCUCCUAUCUGCUCAGUUUACUCCGUCCACACAUCUACCAGGACCUGGAGCUCAAGAAACAUGGCCUGAAGGUGUACAUGAGGGACCCCCAUUCAUUUACCCCCAUGUUGGAGGAGGGCGUCGGAGGGCGGCCACCACGCUCUUUGCUGCUUGGAGCCGAUCUGGCAAAGAAUCAGCAAGAGAUUGGCAAAUUCUCAAAGAAAGAUGCCAAGGUCUAUCCUGAUUUUCUAAGCCAUUUGGAAAGACUUGCCUGUGCCAUUCACCCUCUUCUGGAUGCACCACCUGUUGACAUUCCAGGAGUGACUCAGGGAUCUUUGAGAAAGAGAUUAUCUGCACUGAAGAGCUUAAAACCUUUGGUGAAGUCUGGGUUGAUGUUGGGAAAGAAUAUUCCAGAAUUCUAUGAACUAAUUACAGCUCCAGCUAUGAAGGUGCUAAAUCGCUGGUUUGAAUCAGAGCCAUUGAUAGCCACACUAGCCACAGACUCUGUGAUUGGAGCAAACACAAGUCCAAACAAUCCUGGAAGUGGAUAUGUCCUCCUGCAUCAUGUCAUGGGUGAGCUGGAGAAGGAGAAAGGAGCCUGGGGUUAUGCAGAAGGAGGAAUGGGUGGAGUUUCUCAAUCGAUCGCCCGCUCUGCACGCUCUCUAGGAGCGGAUAUUUUUACAGAGAGAGAUGUUGGACAAGUUCUUAUUGGUCAGGAUGGUUUUGCAAGGGGUGUUGUGCUAAAAGAUGGAACUGAGAUCAUGAGUAAAGUGGUUCUGUCAAACGCCACUCCCUAUGUCACGUUCAAACAGCUCACCCCACAGGACGCCCUGCCUGAGGGAUUCAUCAACGCUGUGGAUCAGAUUGACUAUACUUCUCCUGUUACCAAGAUUAACGUGGCUUUAGACAAGCUGCCUAAUUUCCUGGCCGUUCCGAACAGUUCGGAUGGAAAACCCGGUCCACAUCAUCAAUGUUCAAUCCACCUGAACUGUGAAAGUGUUGAGGUAUUGGAGGACGCUUAUAGGGAAGGCCAGCUGGGACGCCCAUCCUCCAGGCCCAUGUUGGAAAUGACCAUCCCUUCAGUGCUGGAUCCGACUCUAGCGCCCCCGGGCUGUCAUGUGGUGUCUAUCUUCACGCAGUUUACCCCUUAUUGGCUGGAGGGUCACCGUGCUUGGACCAGUGAGGACAGGGAGAGAUUUGCAGACACGGUAUUCGAAUGGAUUGAGCGUUAUGCACCUGGAUUUAAAAAGUCUAUAGUGGGCAAAGAUAUUUUGACUCCUCCUGAUCUUGAGAAGGUCUUUGGUCUCACUGGAGGGAAUAUAUUUCAUGGCUCGAUGUCUUUGGAUCAGUUGUACCUUGCAAGACCUUUGCCCUCUAUAGCUGACUACCGCUCACCAGUCAAAGGGCUGUACUUAUGUGGCAGUGGCAGCCAUCCAGGUGGAGGUGUCAUGGGUGCAGCUGGCUGGAAUGCAGCUCUCACAGUCCUGUCAGAUUUAAAACGACGAUGAUGUCACUUAACAACACGUUUAUUGCCUUCAGCUGGGAAAAAUCACCUUUUGGUGGCCCGCUGGGAUAUUGGGAUGAAAACAAAGAUCAGGCCAAAUAUGAACUGUUGUUGACAUUUUCUGGGAUUUGUUCUGUCUUGCAAAACAUUCAAAACACUCCAAAAAUCUAGCACUUAAAAAAAUUGUUGCAUGCAUUUUUUAACGCCGUACAAUU